CAUGUACCGAGCACUCCGGCUUCUCGCGCGCUCGCGUCGCCUCGCGCGGCCUCCGGCCUCGGCCUCGCCUCCGUGCCCUGGUGGCGCGGCCGUCCUCCCUCUGUGGCCUCCGAACGCCGCCCGGAUGGCAAGUCAAGAUUCCUUCCGUAUAGAGUAUGACACCUUCGGUGAACUGAAGGUCCCAACUGACAAAUAUUAUGGUGCCCAGACUGUGAGAUCUACAAUGAACUUCAAGAUUGGAGGGGUGACUGAACGCAUGCCAAUCCCAGUUAUUAAGGCUUUUGGCAUCUUGAAGCGAGCCGCUGCAGAAGUGAACCAGGAUUAUGGUCUUGAUCCAAAGAUUGCUAGUGCGAUAAUGAAGGCAGCCGAUGAGGUAGCCGAAGGUAAAUUAAAUGAUCAUUUUCCUCUUGUGGUAUGGCAAACUGGAUCAGGAACCCAGACAAAUAUGAAUGUAAAUGAAGUCAUCAGCAAUAGAGCAAUUGAAAUGCUGGGAGGUGAACUUGGCAGCAAGAAACCGGUGCAUCCCAAUGAUCAUGUUAAUAAAAGCCAGAGCUCCAAUGAUACUUUCCCCACAGCAAUGCACAUUGCUGCUGCAAUGGAAGUCCAUGAAGUUCUGCUGCCAGGACUGCAGAAGCUACAUGAUGCUCUGAGUGCCAAGUCCAAAGAGUUUGCACAGGUCAUCAAAAUCGGGCGUACUCACACUCAGGAUGCUGUUCCGCUUACUCUUGGGCAGGAAUUCAGUGGUUAUGUCCAACAAGUGCAGUAUGCAAUGGCAAGAAUAAAAGCUGCCAUGCCCAGAAUCUACGAGCUCGCUGCCGGGGGCACUGCUGUUGGGACUGGGUUAAAUACCAGAAUCGGCUUUGCAGAAAAGGUUGCUGCAAAAGUGGCUGCGCUCACUGGCUUGCCCUUUGUCACUGCUCCCAACAAGUUUGAAGCUCUGGCUGCUCAUGAUGCGCUGGUGGAGCUCAGCGGAGCCAUGAACACCACUGCCUGCAGUCUGAUGAAGAUUGCAAACGACAUCCGCUUUCUGGGCUCCGGCCCGCGGUCAGGUCUAGGAGAACUCAUCUUGCCUGAAAAUGAACCAGGAAGCAGUAUCAUGCCAGGCAAGGUGAACCCUACUCAGUGUGAAGCGAUGACCAUGGUGGCAGCCCAAGUCAUGGGGAACCACGUUGCUGUUACUGUUGGAGGCAGCAAUGGACAUUUUGAGUUGAAUGUUUUCAAACCGAUGAUGAUUAAAAAUGUGUUACACUCAGCCCGGCUGCUGGGGGACGCUUCAGUCUCCUUCACCGAAAACUGUGUGGUGGGGAUCCAGGCCAACACAGAAAGAAUCAACAAGCUAAUGAACGAGUCCCUAAUGUUGGUGACAGCUCUUAAUCCCCAUAUAGGGUAUGACAAGGCAGCAAAAAUUGCCAAGACUGCUCACAAGAAAGGCUCCACCUUAAAGGAAACAGCCAUGGAACUGGGCUACCUCACAGCGGAACAGUUUGAUGAGUGGGUAAAGCCAAAGGACAUGCUGGGCCCAAAGUGAUUGAAGUGAAUUUAUAAUAAAAAUAAACUUGAGUAAAAAUUAAAAAAGACUUUAAUUAUAUUUCUUAAGUGAAAAUGGUUACAUCUGAACAGAAACUUGUAUGGACGUGAGAAUCUAGCAGAACACUUUAAUCAGUGUGUAAAACUCCAGGACAGGCUAAGUUCAGAGUGAACUAAGCAUAAUAUAAAUCGUAUUAUGUAAUAUUUGAAAUAAAAUGGACUAAUUUUUCUUUUAUGUAAA